AUGUGUCUUUUGUUCAUUGUUCCUAGCCGGCCUGCUGUUGCAUCAUUCAGCGCCCACGUUGAAUGCGGAGUAAUGGUGCUGAUGAAGCCUCUACGGGCAUUUCCUUUUCCGAUCAACAUUGGAAACGACAUUUGCCAAAUAUCGCGCAUCUAUGCGAUUCUGUCAGGUCCUCGAGCUGCGCGUUUUGUGAACAGAGUUUUAUCUCCUGAAGAACUAGCUGUGAAUCAUGCGCGCAUAAAUGUCCUCGACAGCGUGAAGGCGCAAAAGCCUGGGCUUCAGGAUGCUCUGCACAAAGCAAAUAAGACUGGCCAACCGCACACACAGAUUGCGGCAAACAACCCCGAGAUGUGGAGCUGUGCUGCAUUCAUUGCUGGAAGAUUCGCAGCAAAAGAGGCUGCCAUGAAAGCGCAUCCACAUCGACGUCUGACGUUUCACGAUGUGGUGAUUGAGAGACGGCCCGUAGAGGGUCCAACACUGGGCAGCGGGCCGCCCAUCGCGCGGAUUCGCAGUGGCGAAGGAGAGGUGGAGGACACCAGUGCCCUGGUUACGAUUAGCCAUGACGGCGACUAUGCAACGGCUGUGUGUUUAGGUUACGAAUAA